AUGAUAAACAUCAAAAGCACCGACAUCGCCACCAAACGCCCCACCACCGAACACGAAGGGAACAUCCUACAACAAACAGCCCGGAACAACAACACCCAACCGACACACAUCCCGCAUCGGAAUGGCCACCAACCCAACCCGCACGACAGCAAGGGAAAACUUCACCAAAAGACGACCAAGAACGACACGACUCCCACGACGCGUAAGCCGGCGCCCCCCCACGCAACCGAGCAACGAGCGACCCAGGAGAAAGCCCGCAUCCCCCAAGUCCCAGGCCAACGCGGAACCGACCGCACCCCCACAGACCACCGGCCACCACGGAAAGCCCGUAACAGGCCAGACGACCCCAACAACACAACAAACCACAAGAACACAGACCACCAACGCGGAAGCGGGCACGAGCACCCAGGCUGGAAAUACGACAAAAACCAAGACGACGCUGGCGACGCGAGCCACCCGGAAACCAACAUCAAAAUAGCCAAGCCUAACACAAACCCCAAAGAGAAAACCAAGCGAAAAAGAAACGGCAAGUCAUCGGGCAAGAAAACUCGCAAAACAAACCACAAGCACAAGGCCAAACGCAGGUUCGAGCACCAAAACAAACAGAGCCACUCAAACAAAGACCACACCACAGAAGACGAGAAACACAAGCCCCCCGCCACCAAACAUCCCCAACAACCAAAGCCAAAGGCGAGCAGCGCAUCCGACCUGGCCCUAGCCACGAACAAAGGCGCGCAAACACAAACAACCAGCACGACGAACAACCGAAGAAGAAGAAUCCAGCCCCAACGCGCCACAACCUCGCACAAACCAAAACCCUCGACGAAAAGCCCAACCAGCACCGCCCAAACCACCCAGGAAAAUCACGCCGACACAGAAACCCACAGCCACCCACCGGACAGGACCACCGGCAAGACUGCGACGACAGCCCCAACGAAACCGACAAACCAACACGACGACGAAGACCAAGAAAAAUCACACGACAACAGCAACACAAACAGCCCCAACGACACAAAACACCAAACCACCAAAACGCAACACGAAAACAACAGCCACCUCGAAACCAAGGCCGACGCCAAAACCGAACUCGUCGAAGAGACCACGACAAAGCCGCCCCCCACCCAAGACGAAGCCAAGCGACCGCACGACCUGGGCAACGACGACACGGCAACCCCCAACCACACCCGCCACCCGCGCAACCUCCUCCACACCACAAAACACCGCGACCACAACCCGCAGUACAGGAACCACCACAAGAAGAACAUGCGGCGCACCCAGGAACACAGCAUCACGAACAUAGCAAAGCAACACGACAACAACAAGGACCGCCUCGGCGAGCCACAGAGCAAGCCAAAGCUCACCAAACCCACGAAGCGGCAGCCUCCCAGCAAGGGCCCCCGCGGCGAGAGGGGCACGGACGUGGAAAUACACGCGCCCGAAAAAAGCGACACGCAGGGAGCCGACCGGAGAAACGACGCCGACCGACACGGAACCCAAACAGACCAGAUGGCCAAGCCCCCCGAAACCGACCCCCAAGACAAAGACCAACAAUGCCAACCGGCGGAGAAGGCCCAAAGGAAAAGAACAGAACGGACGGCCUACACGUCACACCACGACGGCCAGAAAGAGACGCCUGCAGUCGUGCAUGCCACGCGGCAGACCACCCAGGCCGACAAGGACCACGAAAACACCACGCCGACCAGGCAAAACAAAAACGCGCAUAACCGCCCCAAGAGUCACCACCCGCCCAUCGGAGCCGCCUGGACCGAAGCCCCAAAGGGGACGUACUACGGACAAGCAGCAGGCAAGCACAAGCCCCGAACAGGGAAGGAGAACAAAAACUACAACCCGACGCGCAAGCUGCGACACGCAAGCCACCGGCUCCGCGACAGCAACCCGCACCAGGAGAACCCAAAGCCACACGAACGAAACACGCACGCCUACGACCCAAAGGCACAAGACCCCCAACACCCGCCCCCGCAGCACAACCGCGGCAAAAAAAACGACCCCACAAAGGCGCACCGAAGCCCAAAAAAGAACCAGCCACCGCCCAACAACCCCGCCAACCCAACACACCGCGCGCAGACCAGAAACCACAUCCACCACAAGCCAACACCGCGGCAAGCGCCGAAGGACCCACAGACCACGCCCGACCAGCGGGCAAGCGAGGAAGACCAGUAA